CAAAUCAAUCAUGGACACUUCUACUAAUAGUUCAAAGACUUCAACAAUCAAGAUGUCUACUUAUGAACUGAACAACCCUGCCUCUAGUUUCAAACCUCUUAGAAGAAAUAAAGCGGCAGGCUCUAAGUUUAGGAAGAUACAGCGAGGUUUUAGCAAAGAGUAUAACUUGGUUAAUGUACUGCCUUCAAGAAAUAGCAAGCGUAAAUUUCAGAAAGGAGUAGUUCAUAAGAAUGGAAGAGUCAAUAAAUCAAUGCUAAAAUACAACUUGGACGACUUGUUUGAAAAUCAUGAAAUAUUUGCUGAAGCUCCUGUCAGUUUCGAGAAGGCUCUUGAUCCUAGUGAUCUUUGGGCUAAAAUUACAGACCUAGUAUUGCACAGUAAAUAAUGGCAGAAUCAAAACGAUCUGGAGUAAGGAUGAUAAUAACUCCAACUUCCCAUUCUUGUUUGUUGAUUCAAAGAAUAACGAUUGUGAAGAGAUGCUGAAGACAAAUUAACAGUAAUUUCAGGAAAUUUAAUUAUUAUGACAAAAAAUGCAGAGCAAAGCCAGCUUUAGAUGGCCAUAGGAAGUCUAUCAUGAUUACUGUUGACUCAUUUACAAGUUCUCGGAAGUCUUCUCAAUCUAUCUCUCCAGGCAAGAGCAAAUUUGCUGAUGUAAACCAUCUGGGAGUAAAAAACACAAAGAAAAUGUUGAUAAAUGAAGGAAGUCCAAGUCCUUUAAAGCAAUCUGAAAUUGAAGAUCUUAAAACCAAGAUUGAUAGAAAGAACAAGAAUCUGAAGCUAAAGUCUUUGUUCAGUCGGCUUUCACAAGUUGGUUCGAAACGAGAGGUUUCUUCUAAAUCCCCAUCUGUAAUCAUCAACCAAAGCAAGCCACAAAGGAUGAUAAGGCCUAAAGCAAAGGGCAUAAAAAGAGAAAAAUCAUACCUUGAAAUCUGAGAAAGAGUGCACAAAAUGUCCCAACCAUGCCAUGACCUCUACAUCAAAACGCAUUCAAAAUACCCACCUUCCAACCCUCUUCUCAAAAGAGUCACAAGAAAUUUCUCCCUGCAGAAAUUAACCAAAACCAAGCUCUGUACAGUCCUUCCUCCAGUCAAGGGACCUGUGCUGACAGAUAAUGGGGAGGUUCAGAGGAAAAGUUUAAACCAAAGAGCAAGAUCAGUGGCUAGUUGAAAGUUUAGAGUUUAUUAAGUCAGGCUUUGGGCUGAGUUUGGGG